UCCUUUCUUUUUCAAUACCUUGGAGGCAGACCAAGUUUCAGAAACAACACAACCAAUCUCUCUCUCUCUAACGUACGUGUUGUCUCUUUCUCUCUCUCUAUAACCAGAGAGACAGUGAUGUCACUACUCUAAUCAGAGGAACUCAGAAAAGGAUCAAUCACCAUUUCCCAGUCAUGAAUCCAGCAACCGACCCCGCAGCUGCUCUAGCUCCGCCUCCACAACCACCGCAGCCCCACCGUCUCUCCACCUCCUGCGACCGCCACCCGGAGGAGCGUUUCACCGGUUUCUGCCCUUCCUGUCUCUGCGAACGCCUCUCGGUCCUAGACCAAACCAGCAACGCCUCCUCCUCUUCCUCCCGCAAACCUCCGACCAUCUCCGCCGCGGCUCUCAAAGCCCUCUUCAAACCCUCCACCGGAAACGCCGCCGGAAACGGCCGGGUCAAACCCGGGUUCUUCCCGGAGCUCCGUCGCACGAAGUCUUUCUCCGCGUCGAAGAACAGCAGCGACGGAGGACUCUCCGGCAACGCGUUCGAGCCGCAGAGGAGGUCCUGCGACGUCAGGCAGAGCUCUCUCUGGAACCUGUUCAGCCAAGACGAGCAGCGAAACGUUCCCUCCGCCGUCGCCGUCGGCGAGGUCGACGUCGAGCCUAGGAAGUCCAGCGUCCAGGAGCCUGUUCCGGAGGUCAACGACGAAGAAGAAGCCGAAAGCGACGAGGAGGAGCUUGAAGAGGACUACGUCGAAGCCUGCGACUUUGAGAUUGUUAACGACUUCUCAGGCGAACUUAACGGCGUUAAAAGCGAAGUUAACGGCGUUAGAAGCGACGUUAACGAAAUCGUGGAAGAGAUAGAGGAAGUGGAAGUCCCUGAGGAGGUGAAGCCAAUGAAGGAGUACAUAGAUCUCGACUCUCAAACCAAGAAGCCAUCGUCGGUACGACGUAGUUUCUGGUCAGCCGCCUCUGUUUUCAGCAAGAAGCUCCAGAAAUGGAGGCAGAACCAGAAGCUGAAGAAGCGGCGGAACGGCGGCGACCACCGUCCCGGAUCGGCGAGGCUACCGGUGGAGAAACCGAUAGGGAGACAGCUCCGUGACACUCAGUCGGAGAUCGCCGACUACGGUUACGGCCGGAGGUCGUGCGACACCGAUCCUAGAUUCUCCCUCGACGCCGGAAGAUUCUCUCUCGACGCCGGAAGAUUCUCCGUCGACAUCGGAAGGAUCUCGGUCGACGACCCUCGCUACUCGUUCGACGAGCCGAGAGCCUCGUGGGACGGGUCUCUGAUCGGAAGGACGACGUUUCCUCCGGCGGCGAGACCACCGCCGCCGCCGUCUAUGCUCUCGGUGGUGGAGGAUGCGCCGGUGCACCGUCACGUGACCCGAACGGAUAUGCAGAUUCCGGUAGAGGAACCACUUCCACCACCUCAGGUGGUGGUUAAUGCAUCCAACAAUGUGUCCGACCCGGUUAUAAUCCCGGGCGGGUCGAUCCAAACCCGGGACUACUACACUGACUCAUCGUCCCGGAGGAGGAAGAGUCUCGACAGGUCCAACUCCAUAAGGAAAACCGCCGCGGCUGUUAUGGCGGAUAUGGACGAGCCAAAGCCGCCAGUGUCAGUAGACACUUACUCAGGAUCAGUAAGGGACAACAGCUACGGUGUGGAGAUGAAUGAUAACGGUUUUCUCCGGGAACCGGUGAUCACCGGUGAGAGGAAAGUGAGUGGUAAUGAUAACAACAAGAAGUCGAGAAGGUGGGGGAAAUGGAGCAUCUUGGGGCUUAUUUACAGGAAGAGUGUUAACAAGUACGAGGAAGAGGAGGAAGAGGAGAGGUAUAGGAGGUUAAACGGCGGGAUGGUGGAGAGAUCGUUGUCGGAAUCAUGGCCGGAGCUGAGGAACGGAGGAGGAGGACCGAGGAUGGUGAGGAGUAACAGCAAUGUGAGCUGGCGGAGCUCCGGGGGUGGAAUGGGGAGGAAAGUCAACGGGUUGGAGAGGAACAAGAGUUCAAGGUAUUCGCCUAAGAAUGGGGAUAACGGAAUGUGGAAGUUUUAUUUGGCGCCGAUGAAAGGUAGCCGGAGAAUGAGCGUUGGAGGAGGAGCUGGUGGUGGUGGCGGUGGUGGGUGGGGGAAUAGUCACGGCCAUUCUAUAACGAGGAAUGCUAUGAGGAUGUAUUGAUGAUCAACAUGUUCAUUGGGUGGUUCGGUUUAAGGGUUUAGCUCUAUGAACCGUUUGGUUUUUGUUGUCAUUUUGUUGGUUUGGUUUAAUUUCGGUGCAAUUGGUUUACUUUUAAAUGUUAAGGGGAGGGGCAUUUCAAAUGAAUGACUUGUUGACGUUGUCUAUUAUAACCGGAAUAAACCGCCUUUUAACCA